AGCAUUGGAUUUGCUGAAGGAGCUUAAGAAUAUUCCCAUGACCCUGGAAUUAUUACAGUCCACAAGAAUUGGAAUGUCAGUUAAUGCUAUUCGCAAGCAGAGUACAGAUGAAGAAGUUACGUCUUUAGCAAAGUCUCUCAUCAAAUCCUGGAAAAAGUUAUUAGAUGGACCAUCAACUGAUAAAGACCCUGAAGAAAAGAAAAAAGAACCUACAGUUACAUCACAGAAUAGUCCUGAAGCAAGAGAAGAAAGUAGUUCCAGUGGCAACAUAAGCAGCAGAAAGGAUGAAACAAAUGCUCGAGAUACUUAUGUUUCAUCUUUUCCUCGGGCACCAAGCACUUCUGAUUCCGUGCGGUUAAAGUGUAGGGAGAUGCUUGCUGCAGCUCUCCGAACAGGAGAUGACUACAUUGCUAUUGGAGCUGAUGAGGAAGAAUUAGGAUCUCAAAUUGAGGAAGCUAUAUAUCAAGAAAUAAGGAAUACAGACAUGAAAUACAAAAAUAGAGUACGAAGUAGGAUAUCAAAUCUUAAAGAUGCGAAGAAUCCAAAUUUAAGGAAAAAUGUACUGUGUGGCAAUAUUCCUCCUGACUUAUUUGCUAGAAUGACAGCGGAGGAAAUGGCUAGUGAUGAGCUCAAAGAGAUGCGGAAAAACUUGACCAAAGAAGCCAUCAGAGAGCAUCAGAUGGCCAAGACGGGUGGAACCCAGACUGACUUGUUCACAUGUGGCAAAUGUAAAAAGAAGAAUUGCACUUACACACAGGUACAAACCCGUAGUGCUGAUGAACCAAUGACAACAUUUGUUGUCUGUAAUGAAUGUGGAAAUCGAUGGAAGUUCUGUUGAGUUGGAAGAAUUGGCAAAAUGUCUGGACCAUUAACAAAAUGGAUUUUGUAAUUAGCUUUAUAACUAGGCCAAGCAACUAGUUUUCCUGCAAAUCAGAUUUUUAAAGCAAAAAACAUCCCUUGGAUUAGUCUUUGUUUUUGACCUUCAAUUCUUCCCUUAAACGCCUUCUACAGUUUCAGAUCAAUAGGGAGAACAUAUAAUAAUUGUAUAAUAUGUUUCAGGACUUUUUUUUUCAUUUUUAUAAGUAAGUUGGUAUUAAAUUUUUAUCUAUUAAACUUUGGGCAAUUUUUUUUUCUUCUUUAAGGAAAAUGUUCCUUAACUUUUUAUAGUCUGAAACAUACACAGUAGAAAUUCUGUUAUUUCUGUUAAUACAUAAAUGGAAAUUACAUCUUUUUCCAUAUUGGCAUGUACCUACAGAUAUUAAAGGAGGAGAAAAGGUAAUUUAAUUUUAGGUUUACCAAAUAUGGUGUGUAUUCAAAAAAUACUUGACCAGCUUGUCUAAAUUGUACAUAAUAUUUGAACUAGUAUAUGAAUUUGAUUUUACGUUCAGAAGCCUGAGAUAAUUAGAUAUCAUUUUACAUCUGUAACUAACCGUAAUCAUUAUCUUUUGUAAUUUCUUAUAUGUGUGUUUUACUUGUUCUUAAUAGAUUUUACUUUUGGAAACAUGACUUUGUUGAAAUCCGUUUGGUUUUGUUGUUUAUUUACCCAUUUGACUUUGUAGUGUAUUUUAGUCUUGCAGAAGACUGUUGUAGUUUUAGUAGGCUUUUCAUAAAUCCCCGCACAGGCAAAGAAUGAAAGCUUCUGAUGGAUUUUUUCCCUCAUAGAAAGAAAUACUGGGAAGAAAAUGCUAGUGUCUUAGAUAGAGUAUUGUAAACAAUUCAUGACUUGAUUUUGAUUUGGAAAUCUGUACUGACCAAGGAUUAAGCUUAAGGAUUGUAUAAAUCAUUAAAGCUGUGGUCUUUCCAUAUGGAGAUUGAUAGAAAA